GAAACAAAGAAAAUAUAAUUCAAGAAAGUCAAAAUACAUUUAAGAAGUCACACGUGAGGCAGCAGAAAGAUCAGAUCAGAGCUGGCAUUUAUACAACAAAUUAAAACUAGUUCUUUAAUCUCUCUCUCUCUUUCUUCUCUUCUGUAUGUUUUCAGUCUCUUAGCCACCAUUGAAAUGAUUCUUGUUCACUAUUAGUGAGUUACGUCUCUGCAAGCUAUAAUUGCUGAAAUCCUCGUACAUAAAAGCACAGAAAAGGGUGACCAACAAACAAACAAAAAUUAGCUUCAUCAUCAUCAUCAUUUUGAGCUCCAUUUAUAACCCUUUUUUUUUUUUGUUACAUUGUAUCCAUUCUGUCUAUUCUUUCUUUCUUUUAUUAACAUAAGCACUGGUCCACUUUUUCCCUGUUUUAUCUUGCCUUUUAAGCACUCCCUUCUCUUCUCUUAUAUUUCUCCAUUUCAUCCUCCCUUCAAUCUCUCUCACUCUCCCCCUCCUUCAUUCCAAUUUCACCUUCAUACCUAGAGAGAGCAUGCCUGAAUGUCCAGAGAAAGGUAACAACUACAAAUCUCUCUCUCUCUCUAAAUGCAAGAUAUUCCUACAACCCUAGUUUCUAGCUAGGAGAGAUUUGAUGAGAUAGGCAAGAAGAUCAAAAGAGAAAUAAAUGCCUCAUCUCAAAUGGGAAGAAGACACAUGUUGGGUCCUCCUGGAACCCUAAACACAAUUACUCCUUGUGCUGCUUGUAAGCUCUUGAGAAGAAGGUGUGCUCAGGAAUGCCCUUUUUCUCCUUAUUUCUCCCCCCAUGAACCUCAGAAGUUUGCAUCCGUUCACAAAGUUUUUGGUGCCAGCAAUGUCUCCAAGAUGCUAAUGGAGGUGCCAGAAAGCCAAAGAGCAGACGCAGCCAAUAGUCUUGUUUAUGAGGCAAAUGUAAGGCUAAGAGAUCCAGUUUAUGGAUGCAUGGGUGCAAUUUCAGCUUUACAACAGCAAAUUCAAACAUUACAAGCUGAACUUAAUGCAGUAAGGGCUGAAAUACUCAAAUACAAAUAUAGAGAAGCAAACAUUUUACCUUCUACUCAUGUAGCUUUGCUUUCUUCUGGAGCUGUUUCUGUUGCUGCAACAUCUCAAUCCUUAACUCCACCACCGCCGACACCGCCGCCGCCACCACCACCUCCUCCUCCUCUUCCUCCUACAUCCUCUUCUACUUCCUUGUAUACCCACCAGCCAACCACUGUGGCCGACUAUAGCUCCAUUUCAAGUGAAAAUGUCUCCUUCUUUGGUUAAGUAAUUAAAAUUUCUAGUCUCAGAGGAAACAAUUCAUUUCUCUAUUAUGAAUCAGGUUGAUGAACAAUAAAAUUUGAGGAAGAGAAUUAAUACUGAUAUUUUGAUUUGGUGGAGUUGUUUAAUUAGUCUUGAAUUACUGUUCAAACCCUUAAUUGAUACCUAUAAAUGUGCCUAGAUAUUGUUGGUUGA